GAUAAACUUACUCAAAAAUCAACAACUGAAAACAAAUAUAUCAAAUAUAAGGUAGUCAGUGAAUACUCACGAGUGGAAAAUAAUGCUUUUUUAGCGUUUGAGUGCUUAUGUUUGAUUGAAAAGGCGAAAAAGUAGCAAAAUUCAGAUGUAAGUUUUAGGUCAACUGAAAUUGAAUUGCAUUCGGUCGACAUACUUGACACCGUCUGUUGUCGUGAACAAUCCAUCCGAUUCAUCGUAGCUGUUGUAAUACUAUUGCUAUUGUUGACUUUCGAGCUGUUCUAAAAUAUGUUUUGGAAAUCGCCGUGUCUGACCUGACUAGUCGGUGCAAUGAUGGGUAAAAAGAGAAAACGGAUAAUUGGAAACAUAAUAUGGUCCAAAAAAGGGUAUCCAAAGGAUACAGAAGAGGAAAACCGAGAGUCAGGGUUAGGCCAAGCCAGCAUUUACCAUGCUCUCGUCAUCAUCUUUCUCGAGUUCUUCGCCUGGGGACUGCUCACCUCCCCUAUCAUCAGUGUUCUUCACGACACAUUCCCCAAGCAUACGUUUCUCUUCAAUGGAUUGAUACAGGGAGUGAAGGGACUGCUGUCCUUCCUGAGUGCCCCUCUGAUCGGGGCGUUGUCGGACGUAUGGGGACGCAAGGCCUUCCUGUUGCUGACGGUGGGGUUCACCUGUGCCCCCAUACCUCUCAUGAGGCUCAGUCCAUGGUGGUAUUUUGCCAUGUUGUCCAUCUCGGGCGUGUUUUCGGUGACGUUCAGCGUAGUGUUUGCUUAUGUCGCUGAUGUGACCUCAGAGGAGGAGAGGAGCUCUGCUUAUGGACUGGUAUCGGCCACGUUUGCGGCCAGCCUGGUGACGAGCCCUGCCAUCGGCGCCUUCCUCCAGGAGCACUACAGCGAGAACAUGGUCAUCUGGCUGGCGGCGUCCAUCGCCAUACUGGACAUCCUGUUCAUCCUUGUGGCCGUGCCUGAGUCGCUGCCCGAGAAACUGCGCCCGGCCAGCUGGGGCUCGCAGAUCUCCUGGGAGAAGGCCGAUCCUUUUGGGGCUUUAAAGAAAGUGGGUCAAGACCUGCUGAUUCUGCUGUUGUGUGUGACGGUGUUCCUCUCCUACCUGCCUGAGGCUGGGGAGUAUUCUUCUAUAUUUGUGUAUCUCAGACUGGUGAUGGACUUUUCCAGAGAAGAAGUUGCUUCAUAUAUUGCUGUUGUUGGUGUAUUAUCUGUUUUAGCUCAGACUUUAAUAUUAGCCCUGUUAAUGAAGUACAUCGGCCACAAGCAGACAAUCAUGUUUGGCCUGGUCUUUGAGAUCAUCCAGCUGACCUGCUUCGGCUUUGCCUCUCAGCACUGGCGUUGCUCAAGGCGUGGUGACUGGUAUCCGCGGUCUGUGCAACGGCCUGGGCCCGGCGCUGUAUGGCUUCAUCUUCUACCUCUUCCACGUGGAUCUGAACGAGGACAAGAUGGAUAACCCCACGCCUAAAGUCACUGAGAACACCUCGCACCUCUCGCUGCAUGACAGUUUUCAGAGCAUCGUGCCCGGCCCUCCGUUCGCGUUUGGAGCCGUGCUGGUCAUCAUGGCCCUGCUAGUGGCCGCCUUCAUGCCAGAGAGUCCUCACGUGAGCGUGGCCAAGAAGCAGAAGACGGUCACGUCUGCUCCGUUUGAGCUGAAGGAGGAAGGUGGAGGAGGGAAGAUCCAUGAGAUUGAGCCUCUGAUAUCGGACACCGAUGUGGAGUUGUAGCACACAGUUGGCUGAAUACACUCACCCUGCUGCUGCUGCUGCUGCUGCUGCUGCUGCUAUUGAUACCAUCGCUGCUGCUGCUGCUGCUCUGUCUCUUGGAAAUCAGCGGCUGAAAGACAGGACACUAUGAGACGGUUCACAUUCUAGAAAGAACAUCCUCCAAAAUCGAAACAAAUUUUUUCAAAUGUUGCCACCUGCGCUGAGGAAUGGUUUUUUGUUUUUUUUCUGGGGGAUUAUUUCUAAAUAGUAGUUUGGGUUUUUUUAGGACAGUUUUUGCUUCUACAUUUUGUGUACAAGAUAUGUCACUCUGUAAAAGUAGUAUCAAACACGCUGUGAUAUAGAUGCCGCCACUGGCAUUUUUUGGGGCGUUUUCGUUUUUAUUGUUAACAAAUAGUCUGUGGCGUUGCCGGAAAUUAUACGGUUGGACCAUAUUAUGUUGGGAAAAACUUCAGAACAGGCAACUCAAGUAAUUAAAGGCCAAAGUUCUACGCAUUUUCAGGUGUAAAUAGGAAGUAGAGCUAAUCUGCGAAUGAGAUGAAAUGUUUAGUGAUAUAAAAAACCCCAGUAUAAAUAGAUUGAAACAGGGUCUUCAAUAGCAGCCGCUGAAAUCAACGGCGACACCACAGAAUGAAACUUAUGGCUAAUUCAAUGAGCGGCCGACACUAGGAGGGUUAAACAGGCGUGUGAAUCGUGUUGUUGUGUACCGUCUUUGACAUAUCUCCACCCCAAGAAGCAGCAGCGCGAGGACGGCAGCAGGCCGUUUUUAACGACCCGCGGUGAGCAAAUUCCCCCACUUCAUUCUCAGCCAGAAAUGAUUUCAUCCGCUGACACUGGACAAGGCCAAGUGGCUAACGUUUUUGUGUUCGGGGAAAUUGCUGCAGGUGUCGUCUGGAUCUUCUGUUUUGUUAAGAUUUCUAGUAGAAAGGUGCUCCGAAAGAGAUAUGUUUUCAUCUAAAUCUGACUCUUCUGUUGCAUGGUUUCUGUAGUUUUAAUCUUAACGGGUUUUGUGGAAAAAGUCUUGACCCGUUGGUCAUUCACAAGGGUAACGAGGUUUAGUUUUAGAGUAUAUGUGAGUGUGUGUGUAUAUUUAGACUUGCCAUAUAUAUAAAGACGUUCCUCUGAGUAUGUAGAAGUAAACACUACUCACAAGUUUCCUCGUGUGAAUUGACCAGUGGGCCCAGACUUGGGCACCACCCUGUAUGUAUAUUCCUAGGGCACUGAGUAUCAGUAAGUAAUGAAUGUCUUUGUCGUGAACUGAGCGACCGUUCCUGCAUAUUCUCUGUGGUAUCGCUAUAUCUUUCAUAUCAGAUAGACCAAAACAUUAGCUGUUUCCAUGUGUCGGUUAGCUAUAAGUAUGACCUGAAUGUAGAGCAACACGCACAUGGCUUUUUUCAUUGUCGUUCAAAGUGUUUUUAUGAAAAACUUGAGUAAUGUUUGAAGGUUUUUGUGACGAAACGUGUUGCAUCUGGAAUGUUGAAAAUGUAGAAUAGGCUGAUGAAUUGUGUAAUGAUCUGUGUCUUGCUGAAGGAGAGACUCACUGUAGUACAGAUUCUUGGUUUCCAUCCUGUUGUCUCACCUGAUAGUUUAGAACAGUAAAGAUAAAAGAUGCUACUUGUGGUUAGAAGCAACAAAAAAAA